CUUGCGGAGAGGUGGUUGAUUUAAGGGAACCGGUACGUCACGGCGUACUGAGCGCUUGACGGGAACUUUGGCGCGGCGACGAGUGGCGGACAUCCUGAUCUUCCAGCACUUCAAUCAAGAUUUCGAGCAAUUGAACAUUUGACUUGGUUCUGGGCGCUGUCAGAGGCCGUAAGGCGCUCACUUAGCAAACCAUGGAGGCUGUUUCAUCGGAGGAAACGACUGGAAGACAACCACAUCUAGUAUCACUCGUUCUGCAAUCCAAGAAAGCUCUACAGCAUGGAGAGCAGCUCUGUUCGCAGGCGCAAAGCCUUUCAAACGCGUCAGCACGUGUAGCGGUGGAUGUGCUCACUCUUGACGCCAAAGUACGGUGGAUAUCAGAUUCCGUGCUAGAACAGCUAAAGUUGGUGGCUAGCGUGGCGAAAAUCAUUGAAGAGAAGCGGACAAAGUUAAAGAAGCAAGUGCAGGAAUGGGAGGAGAUACGCAUCAAACGGUGCGACGAACUAGAGGUCAUUCUCGACGACCUUGGUUCCCAGAGGGUACCACCAGAAUUCCACCAAACAUCUGUUGAAUCUUCACUCUUUGGAAGUCACUCAGACGAUGAAGAACCAAAUGGACACGUCGUACUCAGUACCAGUCCCUCUGACACAGUUCUACCAACUUUUCCAGCUAAGCGAAAGGCACAUGACGACCGAAGGAAUUGGAAGACUUUGAGAGACUUUGUCGAUGAUCAAGCCAUAGAGGAAAUUUUUGAAAAGAUGGAAAGUGAACGCACUGCUCUCGAGGACACAAUGAGCAAGACGGAUGAAUAUCCGGAGUCGUUGAAUAACACGCUCACGACCAUUCGAAGCUCCUUACCCGAACUAGGACCUUCACCAUCGAUAGAACAACUGUUCCAUAACCAAGAUUCCGUUACUGUUCCCAUGGCAAGACAUUUAGAAAGCCUUGCAUCACAUUAUGACCAGAUGGCCUCUGCACUUCGUGACAGCGAAGCCGGAGAUGUGUUCAGUGAUGAAGACGUACAGCAAAUGAACCGAGAUACCGAUGAGCUUCCUUCCAUUAUGGCAGAACUCGAGGAGUGUUUAUCUGCUGUUAAUAAUGUCCAUCAAUCUCUAUCGUCGACACGAUCAAUCAAUGAAGGUCACAUUCGCCAGCUUUCCGUCACUUUAGAUGACUUGGACGAGCUGGGAGAAAUUAUGGGAGAAAUGCUGACGGAACAGGAAGCUAUUGAGAGCCAAUGCGAACAGCGACUCACUGAAUUCCAAGUGCAUCUUUCUACAAUAGAACAUCUGCACGAGCGUUACGUGGCCUACCGACUUGCUUUCAGGAAACUUGUGUUGGAAAUAUCGCGUCGUCGUCGGUAUAAGGAAGCUGCGGAGAACAUUGUUCAGGGUAUGAUGUCGCAACUAGAAUCCAUGUCGGAAGAGGAGCGUCUAAUCAGGGAGCACUUCAACAAUGAUUAUGGUGCACACCUACCUGAAGACUUGUGUCUUAGUAUUGGGAACUGGCCCACGAAAUGGACAGUGAUACCGUGUCAGGGAGACAAAGUAGAGACAUUACCUGAAAUUCCACCAGAUCUAGUUGCUGAGGCGGGUGGAGCAUCGCCGUUGGUAGAGGCAGAGUCUAUAACAUAGGACAACAACUUCAUUCCAACUAGAUACAUUUGCUACAUGCUACAUACGUACGUGACAACCAGUGA